CCCAAAUCUCACAACUCCGUUUCGUUGCCUCAGCUGAGCACCACAGUCACCUUCUCUGUUCGCCCCGGGACCAAAGCUCAAUCACUGCAUCGGGGUGAUCACAUAUACCACACCUUUCAUCCGGGAGUAACAGCACACCACCCUGGAAGAGACGCAAUGGUGUGUUUCUUCGUUGCAGGAAUCAAGACGAGAACAGAAAAUGGAGCAACAAGAAUCAUCCCUGGAAUCCAUCUUUGGGAGUAUUCUCUCCCACCUCCCUCAAACGAUGAUCCAUCGAUCGAAUGCGCAGAUUUGGAACCUGGUGAUGCGUUCAUGAUGCUUGGUGGUUGUUUCCACGGUGCUGGAGCAAAUACCACCCGGGCGUUCUCUACGCGAGGUUCUUUGAGGCAAGAAGAAAAUCAAUACCUCGCAAAUGACAUUGAAAAGAUCAAAGAGUUUUCCAUAUGGUUACAAAGAUAUACCGGAUUCGGAGUGAGCAAGCCUUUCAUUGGAUGGGUUGAACUGGAAGACCCUCUUCGGAGGAUGAAU